CUUGGACUUCAAUGCUUGGUCUUUGGGAAGCCAGUGAGGGGUUUUGGCUUUACAAGAUGCGGUGAGACUGAGCUAUGGAGAAAACAGCCUUUGACUAAGGUGAGGUUAAGGUUAUGGAUAGUUUCUGGCUGACCAACUCGGGCUACUGAAGAGAAUGUGGUUUUUUGCCUUGCAAGUGUGGAGGAAGCCCUUACAGAAAAGUGGUGCAGAGCUGAGCCUUAAGUUAGGCAGUUGAGUGCAGUUUCUCCAGUCUCCUCACUAAAAGUGAGACAGUAGAGCUCUUCUGAGGACACCCCUUUGUAGGGAUAGAGCAAAGCCUCGGGCAGAGUGAGCGAUUGAAGGCAGUGAGCCUCCACUCAGGAAGGGAGGGUUGGGACAAGGGUCCUUCAAGUAGCCCCGAAGAAGUAGAAGACUGGCUGUGGAGAAAGGAGGUGGACCAUCGCCAGCCGUCCAGCUCUGAGGACCCACACCUCCUGCUGGGAGGGGAGGAGGGGAGGCCGGGCUGUCGCCAGCCCUGUGGCGAAACUUUGUCGCCUUCUAUUUCGAGUGGCCGGCCGCCCGCCCCCGCGGCGGGAACCCGACCCGCACCAAGCGGCAGAGCAGUCGAGGGAGAACACCCGGCAGGCGCAGGCAGCCUCCGCGGACAGCUAUGGCAACCUGGCACGGACACGCGGACGGCGACCAGACGGCGGCUUGGGAAGUGGAGGACGCCAUGGAAGAGACCGUGGAGGAGUCGGAGGUCGAGGGGGAGGAGACGGCGGCCGAGUCGGAGUCGGAGGAGUCGGAGUCGGAGCCGGAGCUGGAACCUGAAGCCAGGUUAUCACACCAGGAUGAAGAGGGCAAGACCAGGCAGGAGUGCAUCAUAUCUGACCCUGCCUUUUCCAUGGUGACAGUCCAACGGGAAGAUAGCGGGAUAACCUGGGAAACCAGUUCUAGCAGAUCUUCAACUCCAUGGACCUCCGAAGGGAGCCAGACUUCCGGUGUGUGUAGUCUGGAAGGAUCAAAUGUGAAUUCUCCUCCAGGAAGUGUUUCCUUUAUUGUGAAUGAAGUUAAAAAGGCUCGGAAAAGAACUCAUAAGUCAAAGCAUGGCUCACCAUCAUUGUAUCGGAAAGGCAGCAAAAAAAGAAAUUCUUUUGAAUCUCAAGAUAUUCCAGCAAAUAAAAAGGACAAAUCUUUAAUUUCAGAAAGCCAGGUGCUAAACAUCGAGAAAAAGAAUUUGUCUCCUGGCAUCUAUGAUAAAACAAGAAAAAAGAAGACCACCUCAAAUACACCUCCUAUUACUGGGGCAAUAUACAAAGAACACAAACCAUUAGUGUUAAGGCCAGUCUAUAUAGGAACUGUACAAUAUAAGAUUAAGAUGUUUAAUUCAGUUAAAGAAGAAUUAAUCCCUCUGCAAUUUUAUGGAACAUUGCCAAAGGGUUAUGUCAUUAAAGAAAUAUAUUACAGGAAAGGGAAAGAUGCAUCCAUUACUCUAGAACCAGAUUUGGACAAUCGUGAUUCUAACAUAGUUUCCAAAACAAGUAAAUUAGGCACCCAAAGCACAGAAGAUGAUAAAUUAAGAGACCUUGGUCCCCCUUGGAGAGAUGUGCUUUCCAAAGGAUCAAAGUCCCUGUCGUCAUUAUUUGGCCAUGAAGAUCAAAAGAAACUUGAUGUUGAAUCCUCCCUAAAAGCCACAUCAGCAGCUAGGCCCAUAGCCUCCCAUUACUCGAGUAACAACAUGGCAGAACAAGAGGUGCUGUUUGGACCCCCCCAGUCAGUGCCACAACAGCCAGGUGAUGAGGCAAAAUCCCAUGAGAUCAAGCCUUCCUCUUUUUCACCUGAGGCUUCACAAUCUGUGUUCCUGGAGACAGCAAAGGAAGAAUCUGAGGCUGAGGCAGAGAGAGUCAUUGCUUCAGAGAUCGACUCUUCAGUCUCCUUAGCCUUUGUUGAUGAGGCUAUGAAGGAAGUCAUGGAUUCUGCUGACCAGACCAUGCCAUUAGAGGCAGAGAAGGAUUUGUCACAGACAGGCUCACCAGGUCUGUCACUACCUACCCAGGAAGGCCUUGCGUCAGGCAAAGAGGAGCCAGUGCUGACUUCAUUAGAAAGGAUGGAGCCAGCCUCUGAAUGCGUGGCACCCACUCAUCCCAGUGUCAAAGGAGAGAAUGAGGAACCCAAGCCUGAACCACCCAUUUCUCUUCCUGAGCCUCUCGUGUUCCAAGAACCAGAAAAAGAAGAACUGGAAACUUCCCCAUCAAUAGCUGCUAUGCCUGAACCUGAAGGUUCUAAUUUGGAAGAAGAGAUCAUAGAACUCGGUUACCCAGAAAGCCCGUUAAUUUCUGAGCAGCCCUUCCCACCACGGUUGUCCCCUGAGAUGCUGCAUAAAGAGGAGCCUCACUCUCCACUGCUGACAACAGCAGCACUUGACCAUGUCACUUUGUCCGAGGAGAGAGAGGAAAUCGAGUCUGUUUCUACAGACUCUGCUUUUCUGUCAGAGUACUCUGUGCCUCAGGAUUUGAAUCAUGAACCAGAGAAGCAAGAAGCUGAGCCAGUCUCUCCAUCCAGUGCAAAAGCCGUAUCUGAAUGUGCAGUUUUCUCAGAGGAAGAGAACGAAGAGUUUGAGCCUUGUUCCCCAGCUGUGGCCUCAGUGUCUGAGCGCUCUCUCUGGCCACCCACUCCUGAGAAGUCUUCUGAAAACCUGUCACCACUGUUUUCUGCAGCCCCUUCAGAACACAUGGGCCUUUCAGGAGAUGAGGCCUCAGAAAGUGGACGUUACACUCCAGAUUCCUCAUCUGCUUCAGAAUAUUCAGUUCCCUCCCAUGAAGCACAAGAGUCACUGAAGAAAACAAUUGACCACAAGUUCCCAUUAAAAUCAAAAGAUGUUUCUGAGUCUAUGAUUCUGUCAGAAGAAAUGAAAGACCCUGAGUCACAGUCUCCAGCUGUGGCCUCUAUGUCUGAGCACUCUCUCUCACCAUCCCUGAUGGAGAGGACUCCUGAGUGCCAGAGUCCCCUGCCUUCUGCUGCUACGCUGCAACACAUGGUCCUGCCAGAGAUAGAGGACCUAGCAAGUGAGCAUUUCACACCAGAUUCAAAAUUGACUUCUCAAUCUGCAGUCCCCCUAAAUGCAACACAAGAAUCCCUGAAGAUCAUUGAUGAGGUAACUCAGUUCAAAUUAAAAGACAUUGUUGAGCACACAGUUGUGUCAGAAACAGAGAUGGAAGAUGUUAGCUCAUGUUCUCCAGAUGUGGUCCCUCUACCUGAGUGCUCUCUCCCACCCCACACAACUGAGAUGACUUCUGAAUGCCAGGCCCCACCACCUGUAGGCACCCUACCUGAACACAUAGUCCUAUCUGAACAAGAGACAAUAGAAAUGGAGCCAUACUCACCCUCUUCCACAUCUGCUUCUAAAUUUUCAGUACCACCAUGUGCAACACCAGAGUUGCAGGAAGAAGACAUUGUCCAAAGAUCCCCUCUACAUCUUGAAGGUGUGUCAUCACCCAUGAAUUUAUCAGAACAAGAAAACAUUGAACCCUUUUCUCCAGAUUCUGCCUUUGUGUCAGAAUUCUCAUUUUCUCCCUAUUCAACUGAGGAAACAGAAAAAAGAGAAUCUGAGUGUGGUUCCCCAGUAUGUUUAACAUCUCCAACUGAACACACUGUUGUAUCAGAUGAAGACACUGAAGAUGCUGGACUUUUUUCCCCAGACUCAGCAUCACAAGUUUCAAUCCCACCAUACAGAAUCCCAGAAACAGAAAUAAAUGAAAGUGAGCCAGACUCCCUCUUAACUGCAAGGUCUGCUUCAGGAUUUUCCUACUUUUCUGAAGCAGAUGAGGAAGAGAUCAGAUCAGCAGCCACUACACCCAUCCCUGAGUAUUUUGAUUCAUCAGAGAAGCACAAAGCUGAGUCUUUCCCUAUCGUGUCUACACCUGAAGGCUCAAGCCUUCCAUCUUCAGUGGAUAAAGCAGAUGACACAGAAACUAGGUCAGAUGUUCAAACAUUCUCAACAUCUGUAUCUGAAUAUCUCAUUUUGGCACAGCAUCAGAAAACAGCAUCAUUGGAGCCUGAGCCUGAAGAUUUGGUUCCACCAUAUUUAACCAAUAGAUCGGAGCAGGAAGAAAUUAAAGCUAAGUCAUCAGCAGCUACAACUCAUGCUGCUUCAAAUGUACAAUCAUCUGUGGUAAAGGAAGAAACCAAACCUAUUUCUCCUGCAUCUCAGCAUUCAGUUUCACUUGAUUCGGUUUAUGCAACUAAGAAAGAACAGGAACCCAAAGCAUCAUUUACUCUGAAAGCUGCAGAUAAACAGAUAGCGACAUGCUCACCAGGUCUGUUACUAUCUACCCAGGAAGGCCUUGUGUCAGGCAAAGAAGAGCCAGAGCUGACUUCAUUAGAAAGGAUGGAGCCAGCCUCUGAAUGCGUGGCACCCUCUCAUCCCAGUGUCAAAGGAGAGAAUGAGGAACCCAAGCCUGAACCACCCAUUUCUCUUCCUGAGCCUCUCGUGUUCCAAGAACCAGAAAAAGAAGAGCUGGAAACUUCCCCAUCAAUAGCUGCUAUGCCUGAACCUGAAGGUUCUAAUUUGGAAGAAGAGAUCAUAGAACUCGGUUACCCAGAAAGCCCGUUAAUUUCUGAGCAGCCCUUCCCACCACGGUUGUCCCCUGAGAUGCUGCAUAAAGAGGAGCCUCACUCUCCACUGCUGACAACAGCAGCACUUGACCAUGUCACUUUGUCCGAGGAGAGAGAGGAAAUCGAGUCUGUUUCUACAGACUCUGCUUUUCUGUCAGAGUACUCUGUGCCUCAGGAUUUGAAUCAUGAACCAGAGAAGCAAGAAGCUGAGCCAGUCUCUCCAUCCAGUGCAAAAGCCGUAUCUGAAUGUGCAGUUUUCUCAGAGGAAGAGAACGAAGAGUUUGAGCCUUGUUCCCCAGCUGUGGCCUCAGUGUCUGAGCGCUCUCUCUGGCCACCCACUCCUGAGAAGUCUUCUGAAAACCUGUCACCACUGUUUUCUGCAGCCCCUUCAGAACACAUGGGCCUUUCAGGAGAUGAGGCCUCAGAAAGUGGACGUUACACUCCAGAUUCCUCAUCUGCUUCAGAAUAUUCAGUUCCCUCCCAUGAAGCACAAGAGUCACUGAAGAAAACAAUUGACCACAAGUUCCCAUUAAAAUCAAAAGAUGUUUCUGAGUCUAUGAUUCUGUCAGAAGAAAUGAAAGACCCUGAGUCACAGUCUCCAGCUGUGGCCUCUAUGUCUGAGCACUCUCUCUCACCAUCCCUGAUGGAGAGGACUCCUGAGUGCCAGAGUCCCCUGCCUUCUGCUGCUACGCUGCAACACAUGGUCCUGCCAGAGAUAGAGGACCUAGCAAGUGAGCAUUUCACACCAGAUUCAAAAUUGACUUCUCAAUCUGCAGUCCCCCUAAAUGCAACACAAGAAUCCCUGAAGAUCAUUGAUGAGGUAACUCAGUUCAAAUUAAAAGACAUUGUUGAGCACACAGUUGUGUCAGAAACAGAGAUGGAAGAUGUUAGCUCAUGUUCUCCAGAUGUGGUCCCUCUACCUGAGUGCUCUCUCCCACCCCACACAACUGAGAUGACUUCUGAAUGCCAGGCCCCACCACCUGUAGGCACCCUACCUGAACACAUAGUCCUAUCUGAACAAGAGACAAUAGAAAUGGAGCCAUACUCACCCUCUUCCACAUCUGCUUCUGAAUUUUCAGUACCACCAUGUGCAACACCAGAGUUGCAGGAAGAAGACAUUUUCCAAAGAUCCCGUCUACAUCUUGAAGGUGUAAAUUCAUCACCCAUGAAUUUAUCAGAACAUGAAAACAUUGAACCCUUUUCUCCAGAUUCUGCCUUUGUGUCACAAUUCUCAUUUUCUCCCUAUUCAACUGAGGAAGCAGAAAAAAGAGAAUCUGAGUGUGGUUCCCCAGUAUGUUUAACAUCUCCAACUGAACACACUGUUGUAUCAGAUGAAGACACUGAAGAUGCUGGACUUUUUUCCCCAGACUCAGCAUCACAAGUUUCAAUCCCACCAUACAGAAUCCCAGAAAGAGAAAUAAAUGAAAGUGAGCCAGACUCCCUCUUAACUGCAAGGUCUGCUUCAGGAUUUUCCUACUUUUCUGAAGCAGAUGAGGAAGAGAUCAGAUCAGCAGCCACUACACCCAUCCCUGAGUAUUUUGAUUCAUCAGAGAAGCACAAAGCUGAGUCUUUCCCUAUCGUGUCUACAACUGAAGGCUCAAGCCUUCCAUCUUCAGUGGAUAAAGCAGAUGACGCAGAAACUAGGUCAGAUGUUCAAACAUUCUCAACAUCUGUAUCUGAAUAUCUCAUUUUGGCACAGAAGCAGAAAACAGCAUCACUGGAGCCUGAGCCUGAAGAUUUGGUUCCACCAUAUUUAACCAAUAGAUCGGAGCAGGAAGAAAUUAAAGCUAAGUCAUCAGCAGCUACAACUCAUGCUGCUUCAAAUGUACAAUCAUCCAUGGUAAAGGAAGAAACCAAACCUAUUUCUCCUGCAUCUCAGCAUUCAAUUUCACUUGAUUCGAUCUAUGCAACUAAGAAAGAACAGGAACCCAAAGCAUCACUCACUCUGAAAGCUACAGAUGAACAGAUGGCUUUGUCAGAAAUCAGAAAAGAAGAAGCUGUGCCUGAUUCUCAAGAAGCUACAGCACAUGUAUCACAGGAUCAAAAACUGGAGCCUCAGCCUCCAAAUGUUCCAGAGUCUGAGAUAACAUAUUCAGUUUUGCCUGAGUUGGUAAAUGAGCCAAAGAAGGAUGUCAAUCUCAAUUUAGCUCCAACUGUGCCUUCUGAGCUAGAACAGAGCAUGUUGUCAGAGAAUCAGCCUAAAGUACUCAAAGCAUAUUUACCUCCAAAGGAAAAAUCUAUAUCUGGACCUGAGAUUUUAUCUGGAGUGAAAACGGAAGUGAAGCAUGAUUCCAAAAUAACAAAAGAACUUCAUUCAGCCUCCUCUGGAGUAGAAAAGGAAGUUGAACAUGGUCUGCCAGCACCAGCAUUUUCAGCUUUAUCAGAAGAAAUAAAGAAAGAAAUGGAACCCAGCUCCUAUACAACCAUACCUGUAACUGAGUGUGAUUCAAUCUUAACCAUAUUAGUAAAAGACAUGCUGACAGAUUCUUCUGCCUCACCUUCAGAAGAACAUCCAAUCCCAACAAAAGUAGGAGAAGGUGAGUUAGGAAGUGAUUUUCCAGCUCUCCUAAAGCCUGUAGAUGAGCAUUCCAUUCUUAUUGAAGAGGAAAAGGUAGUGAUUAGAAGUGCUUCUUCUAGCACUAAAACUUCUUUAUCCAAAGGUUUGUCUCCAUCAGAAGUGAAAGAAGAAACCAAAAUGGAUUCACCUCCAAGUGUCUCUGUUUUGUCAAAGAUAGACAAUGAAGAAGUGAAGCCUGGAUUGCCAGUAAACAAAAUGUCAUCUCCUCAGCAUUCAGCUGUGUCUGGGGGAGCAAAGGGAGAAGACAAACAGGCUUAUUCAUUUUCUGUGGCCCUUGACUCCGCACAUUUGGUUUCAUCACAGGAAGAGAACUCAGUUUCUGCCUCAGAAGUAUCAAGGCCUGAACCUGUGCUUUCACUCAGCCUGGAGAGUGGGAUUGAGAAAGAAGAAACUAGACUUGUUCUGUCACACACUGUAUCACCUGCACCUAAACACAUAGUUCCAGGAGGCAAAAAUGAGGCCAUGACAAGCUCUUCUCCCAGGUUUGAAAAUUUAGUGUCAGAAGAUUUAGUCCCAACACUAAUGACCCUUGUGGAUGGAAAAAACAAACAAGUAGGGGACAUAACUUCUCCAGUUCAUGGUGAUUUCCUGUCAGGAAAAGAUCUUGCCCCGGCAGAACUCCCUUUGGAGUCUGAGAAAAAAGACAAGCUGCACCAACUAUCAGAACUACCAGAAUUCACUGGUGGUUUAGACAGGAAGAGUGGGUCUGUAGACACAGAACCAGUAACGUGUAUUUUAACUGAUACAGAGGGUUCUGUUUUGGAGAAGGGCCUAGUUGAGCCUAGGAGCAGAGAAAAUGAAAAUAAAGAAAACAGGGAAUUUUGUGUGUCUGCUACAGAACCAUCAAAGAUUACUCCUUUUGACCUUGUAGAACAAAAGAAGCCUGAAAGAUUACUUUAUUCAGGUCAAGCUGUUAAUUUAUCUGAUGUAAGCAGCUCUCUUGAAGAUAAACCAGAUCUAAAUAUGAAACAGCUGCCAAUUAUGAAAGAGAAUUUGCCUUGGGAACAAUCACAAUCAUUUAGGACAACUGAGCCUGAGCAGCUGAAAUCCUCUAGCAGAAGUGAUCUGCAGAUAGAGAAGCUCCAAGCUGCUCCAUCGAAUGAGGAUCUCACUUAUGAAACUGGAAAGCAGGUUCUGUCCCAGGCUGUGGAAGAAUCUCAUUUGCCAUUACAAAAACCAACAUCCACUCCUAAUGCUUCUGAGAGUCAUACAGAAACCUUAGCAACUGAAACUUAUUCUUUUGAAGAAAUAAGGCCAUUCCAAGAACCAAAGCCUCUAGUCCCAGCCGGAAAUUUGGAAAGAAACACAGAGAAGGGGCAGAUCCAUUCAUUCGUGGAGAGUGAGAGUUUUAUAUCAGAGAGAGAAAACACAGACUUUUCUAGGCUUUCCAAAGAAGGCAUCUGGGAAGAAGUCAAAUUACCUCCUGAAACGCCCACCCAGAAACCAGUGCCUGGCCUGUCAGCAGGACAGAUGAAGUUGGAAGCCACCACCUCUCUGGUCAAAGCAUCCCAUUUCCUGGUGGAAGCUGUGGAACCUCCACUGGUCAGUGAGAAAGAAGCACACGGGAGUACUCCUCUGUUACUUGGAGAGAAGCCUCAAGAAGAAUCAAAAAUGGUUCUGUCAAAUAUUACAGAAGAGGCAACUGAGGGAAGGAAACCAGCGCCUGAAGUGAAGACACCCACUCAAACAAAACCCACCCUCGCAAUCCAAGCAAGCGAAGAACCUCAACCCCCAGAGACACCUGAAGUCACACAGCAACUGCGUGAGAAGCCGAAGAUGGUGGAGCAAAGGCUUCCUGAGGAAAAGGGAAAGAAAGGACUUUCAUCUUUCAAAUCAUGGAUGUCCAGUUUACUUUUUGGAUCAAGCACCUCAGAUGACAAAGUUGCUGAAAAAGAAGAUUUAGAUACACAGCCAAGUCCCUCUGUGGAAAAAGCAGUGACUGUGACAGAGCCGAAAGAUAAGAGUCCUGCUGAUUUUAAUGCAACCAAGAAACCAGCUGAUCAUUCAUUGCCAGAGGUGUCUAGUGAAGAUGAUAGAAGGAAUGAAAUCCCAGAUUCAUCAGAUAAAAUGAGCAGAAGCUUAAUUACUUCUGCUGAUAGUGAAGAACAUCUUGGAGUUCAACCUGAUAAGAAAUUGGCUUCGGGAGAAACCAAAAAUGUUCCUUCUCAUGUUACUGAGAGUAAAAGAUACCAGAAGCCAGCAGUAGCUCCUCCAUCUAAUUGGAAUAUUUCUAUUCUUAAGGAAGAUCUAAGUGGCGAUCAAAAAGAAACAUCAUUUCCAUUUGAUGUAGUAGAUAAGAUGCCACAACAGCUAAAAUCAGAUUCAUUCAGCUUCACAAGUAAAAAUAUCAUGAAAGAAUCAGUGAACCCAGAGCCAAUAAUUUUGCCAGUAGAAGAAUCAAAAGGCAGUUUAAUUGAUCUUGGUGAGGAAAAAUUAAAGAAAGAAUUGCCCAAACCUACUUCCUUGAAACAUUCUGAAGAGGAGGUAAAACCCAGGCCUGUCAGCCUAACUGAGGACAAAGAGAACUUGGAAACUCGAUCAUGUACCUUGGCAGAAAAUAACCUGGCAGACAAACAAGAAGUAGUGUCUCCCUUAGAGCUUAGAAAAAAUAAAGAAAUAGUGAAAUCGCAAAUGACAACUGAAUAUAGACCUGUUGAAUUAGAAAAAUCAAAAGUUGCUGCUAGGCUGGAGCAUAUCUAUUCAGAUAAAGAACAUGAGGAAAGAGCCAAAAUUGCUGUUUGUUCUGAGGAAGAGAAAAGAGAAGAAAAAGAAAAGGAGUCACAGGUAUUUUUGGAAGAAAAGAAGCAGCAAGAAAAUCAGCCUUAUUCUCUGAAUGUGGCAAGGUCUGUGUCUGAAAAACCCUUUAUCUCUUCUCUUCAUUCUUCGGGUGAAAUACAACCAUUUUCGUCAACUAAAACACCAUUGAUUACUGAAAAACCAGAAAGUGUGCUUUCAGAGGCUCACCUAGAAAUCAAGGAAAGAAAGCUGGUAGAAAGCCAACCACAUCCAUUAGAGGAAGGUAAAAACUUGGUGAAUAAAACCAAUACUUUGUGCCCAGUGGAUCUUCCUUAUCGUGAUGAAAUAGAUAAGCACCCUUUCCCUCAGGAAGAAGAUUUGGUAUUAGAAAAGCCAAGCAGAGAUUUGGUGGGUCACAGAGAAGAAAAAGGACAGCUCACACUGUCACAGCUGUUCACGAGUGGUUCAGUAGCCACCACAGAAGAAAGCACCAGGCAAAGAUCUCCAUCUGAAAUCCCUGGAAGCACUGUAGAUCAGCCUUCAAAUGAUACAAAGAGCUUAGAAACGCUGCCAUAUUUGCUGUCAUCUGACAAACCACAAACUCUUAUUCCAGAGGUUUGUCCAGAAGUUAGCACAGCCAAGAAACAAGAAAUUCCAUGGUCAAAAAUGACUCUGGGUCACCCUACAGGCCACACUAUUCAGGCAUCUGAAGAUCACUCAUCUGAGAUGCUUAAGCAAUCUGUUCUUAUUUCAAAGCAUCCUUUGGAGACUGUGGAAGAUGCUCACAUAAAUGAACUGUCCUCUUCAGCGGGAAGCAACUAUACUCAAUUUAUAACCAGUGAAUCAAAAAGUAAAGCUGAUGAGAUGACAUCUGCUAAAGAAAUGUUCAAGGAGCCUGAAGACACAUGUGUAAAAGAUGUAGAAUCCACAGUGACCAGCAAACCAGCUGACCUUUCACAAGAUCAGAAGAGUGCCUUCAGUAUCAUUUCUGAAGGCUGUGAGAUAUUGAAUAUUUACACACCUGCCUUUAUUCCUUCAGUGGAUCAGGAAGAAAGUGAACAAAUGCAAGAUAAGUUAGAGUAUUUAGAAGAUAAACCCUCAUUUAAAACGUUAUCCCUUCAUGAUGAUAGUGAGGCAGUUGUUUGCCAUAAAAUGUUACAGAGCAAGUUAGAAGAUUCUGAAGGAAAGGUUACAUCACUGAAGAAUGAAGGAAAGGAAGCUCAUGUUACAAAAGAGAAGAUAUCCAUGGACUCAGACUCUGAUGAUUUAGCUUUCAUUCAGUCCACAAUUCCCAGUGAAGAGGAUUACUUUGAAAAAUAUACUUUGAUUGAUUAUAACAUCUCCCCAGACCCAGAAAAACAGAAAGCUCCAUGGAAUUUAACUACAAAAGAGGAGAUCUCAAAGGGAGCUACAGAAGAAACUCUCCCUUUCCCAGAAAGUUCACAGGAAAGUGCCCUAGAACAUGAAUAUGACCUGGUAAAACUGGAUGAAAGUUUUUAUGGACUGGGAAAGGACCACAGCAAAUUAUCUCAGCCAGAGAUGCAAAAGUCUUUGGUUACCCAAAAAUCAGCUGAUAGAAAUUCUUCAAAGAGCAUUAAUAGAGAUUUGGACUCCAGGUCACCUGGGAUGCCUUUAUUUGAUUUGGAGGAAGGGGUUUUAUCCAGGACCCAGAUAUUUCUGACCACUGUCAAAGCUGUUAAUCCUGAACUGGAGGAGCCAGCUGCACUUUCAUUUUUAUAUAAGGAUCUAUAUGAAGAGGCAGUUGGGGAGAAAAAAAAGGAAGGGGAAACAGCUUCUGAAGGUGACAGUGUGAAUUCUGAGACAUCAUUUCCAAGCAGAAAUUCUGACACUGAUGAAGGAACAGGAAUGUAUUUUGAGAAGUACACACUCAGAGAUGAUAUUCUCCAUGACACAUCUGUAACGCAGAAGGACCAAGGCCAAGGUCUAGAAGAAAAACCAGUUGGUAAGAGUGAUUCAUACCAAUUGAUAGCUACAGGAGAGGAAAUUUGGAAGAAGUCUGGAACUGUUCUUUGGGAAAAGAGUUUGGAAGAACAGAAUGCUGUUUACAGAGAAGGAGAAGCUGUAGGCCAUGUGGAGACCUCUGAUGACACAGUAGUGCAGAGGAAAGCUCCUAUCACUGAGGAGGUCAGGGUGGUUACCCAGAAGAUAAGCUAUGCAGUUCCAUUUCAAGAUAGCCACCAUGUCCUAGAGAAUGCAGCGGAAGUGAGCAGUCAGGAUAAUGAGGCAGGAAACACAAGCCAAGAAGUCAGUCAGAAUGUCCCAACACAAGUGUCCUUCCCAGAGGAAGGGUUUGCGUCAGGUGCAACUAAUAUUCCAGAAGCCCCACAAGAAGAACCUAAAGUACUGGUCCAUCCUGAGCCAAGCGCAGAGAGGCUCCGAAACAGCCCUGUGCAGGAUGAGUAUGAAUUUGCUGAAUCCCUGCAUUACGAAGUGGUUAGUCAGGACACUUUAUCAGAUGAGCUAUAUUCAGAAUCUGCAUGUGAAGAUGUAUUGCCUCAAGGAAAGGAAUCUGUUGAAUACAUCAGGAAAUAUGAAUUUCUUACUGAGGCAGAACAGAAUGCAACUGCUGACCAGAAUGAGUUGGGCAGAGGGAAGACAGAACAAGACCGGCUGUCAUCAGAGUUAGUGGCUGAGAGGGCACAAAAUGAACUGAAGAAGUCCCAAAUUGACACGUAUUGCUGUACCUGCAAAAGCCCAAUUUCCACAAUGGACAAAGUGCUUGGCACCCACAGAGACCACGAGGUUUCAACGCUUGACACAGCUAUAAGUGCUGUUAAGGUUCAAUUAGCAGAAUUUCUUGAAAAUUUACAAGAAAAGUCCUUGAAGAUUGAGGCCUUUGUUAGUGAGAUUGAAUCUUUCUUUAAUACCAUUGAGGAAAACUGUACCAAAAAUGAGAAGAGGCUGGAAGCACAGAAUGAGGAAAUGAUGAAGAAAGUUUUGGCGCAAUACGAUGAGAAAGCCCAGAGUUUUGAUGAAGUGAAGAAGAAGAAGAUGGAGUUUCUGCAUGACCAGAUGGUUCGCUUUCUGCAGAGUAUGGACACUGCCAAGGACACCCUGGAGGCCAUCGUGAGGGAGGCCGAGGAGCUUGACGAGACUGUGUUCCUGAUGUCAUUUGAGGAAAUCAAUGAAAGGUUGCUCUCUGCCAUGGCGAGCACGGCUUCCCUAGAGCACAUGCCAGCUGCCUUCUCGCUGUUUGAACACUAUGAUGACACCUCACCCAGAAGUGAACAGAUGCUAAAGCAAGUGGCCGUUCCACAGCCUCCAAGGCUAGAACCCCAGGAACCAAAUUCAGCCACAAGCACGACAAUUGCAGUUUACUGGAGCAUGAACAAAGAAGAUGUCAUUGAUUCUUUCCAGGUUUAUUGUAUGGAGGAGCUACAGGAUGACCAAGAAGUAAAUGAGCUGGUAGAAGAAUACAGAUUGACAGUAAAAGAAAGCUACUGUAUUUUCGAAGACUUGGAACCUGACCGAUGCUAUCAAGUAUGGGUAAUGGCUGUGAACUUCACUGGAUGCAGCCUUCCAAGUGAAAGAGCAAUUUUUAGAACAGCCCCUUCAACCCCUGUAUUUCGGGCUGAGGACUGUACCACGUGUUGGAACAUGGCCAUCAUCCGAUGGCGACCUGCCAACCCAGAGGCCACUGAAUCCUACAUUCUGGAGUACUGUAGACAGCACUCUCCAGAGGGCGAGGGCCUCAGAUCUUUCUCUGGAAUUAAAGGGCUCCAGCUAAAAGUUAACCUCCAACCCAACGAUAAUUACUUUUUCUAUGUGAGAGCCAUCAAUGCAUUUGGGACAAGUGAACAGAGUGAUGCUGCCCUCAUCUCCACGAAAGGAACCAGAUUUCUGUUGCUGAGAGAGACUGCUCAUCCUUCUCUCCAGAUCUCCUCUGAUGGGACGGUGAUCAGCUUCACUGAGAGGAGGCGGCUGACGGAAAUCCCAUCAGUGCUGGGUGAGGAGCUGCCUGCUUGUGGCCAGCAUUACUGGGAAACGACAGUCACAGACUGCCCUGCUUAUCGACUUGGGAUCUGCUCCAGCUCAGCAGUACGGGCCAGGGCACUGGGACAGGGGGAGACCUCAUGGUACAUGCACUGCUCGGAGCCACAGAGAUACACGUUCUUCUACAGCGGCAUUGUGAGUGAUGUCCAUGUGACUGAGCGUCCCGCCCGCGUGGGCAUUCUGCUGGACUACGCCAACCAGAGGCUCGUGUUCAUAAACGCCGAGAGUGAGCAGCUGCUCUUCAUCGUGAGGCACAGGUUCAGUGAGGGUGUUCACCCGGCCUUUGCCCUGGAGAAACCUGGAAAAUGUACUUUGCAUCUGGGGAUACAGCCCCCCGAUUCUGUGAGGCACAAGUGAUCCUUUGCUUCCACAGUUUGUAAGAGCAAGACUUUCAGGGCCUGUGGUUCUUUCUCUUGAGAACUGUACAUUAUUCAGAAGGUCUCCCACACACUCGCACUCAGAACAGCUUCACACAGCAGUCAGUAUGCGAGCAAAUGCCACAGAAUACCUUGGCUUUGUCGAGCAGAGUGUGCAUAAGUAGGAGGGAAAGAGCAAUCUCCAUAUUUUGGAGUUCUUUCCUAGAUUGAAAGGACUUACAUUUGCCCUGGGAAACAACAAUAGAGAAGUGGGCUUCCUCCUGUUUUAUCCUGAAAGGCUCCUCUGACAGACAGGUCAGAGCGAAGGGAGGGUUUCCUAGAGAUAUGUCUCCUCCAACAAGGAGGCGUGGGCUUUUCAGAACUUGUCACUUCACUUCACUAAAGUACAGUGAAUUUUCAAUCAUAGAGAAAGUUUCCUAGUUGAUCUGAAUUUAUUAUUAUUAACUCUUUUGUAAUGAUGUGUACUGUAGAAUGUGAGUCAUUUUCCAGAAAUUUUAAAUAUAGAAAG